CUGGCACAUGAUAGGUACUUAAUUUAAUGUCAGUGGUGGUGAUGAUGAUGAUGAUGAUGAUUUUAAAAUUGCAUUGGGUCAAGCUAAGUACACCAAUGGACUCCAAGUUCCAGUACAUAUACAACACGUAUUUUCUGUGCUGAUAUACUUCUGUCCUACAUUUAAAGGUACUCUGGAUUUCAGCUUGAUCAAGAUACUUUGCAUGGCAUCACCCAGCAACUCCUCCACUGGUUUAGUCUCUGAAUUCCUCCUCAUUUGCUUUCCUAACUAUCAAAGUUGGCAGCACUGGCUGUCCCUGCCCUUCAGCCUCCUCUUCCUCCUGGCCAUGGGGGCCAAUGCUACCCUCCUGAUCACCAUCUGGCUGGAUGCCUCCCUGCACGAGCCCAUGUACUACCUGCUCAGCCUCCUUUCCCUGCUAGACAUUGUGCUCUGCCUCACUGUCAUCCCUAAAGUCCUGGCCAUCUUCUGGUUUGACCUCAGGUCUAUCAGCUUUUCUGCCUGCUUCCUCCAGAUGUUCAUCAUGAACAGUUUCUUGACCAUGGAGUCCUGCACAUUCAUGGUCAUGGCCUAUGACCGCUAUGUGGCCAUCUGCCACUCCCUGCGGUACCCAUCCAUCAUCACUGACCAAUUUGUGUCUAGGGCUGCCAUCUUUGUUGUGGCCAGGAAUGCUCUCUUUUCUCUUCCUGUUCCCAUCCUCUCUGCCAGGCUAAGAUACUGUGAUGAGAAUAUCAUCAAAAACUGCAUUUGCACUAAUCUGUCUGUGUCCAAACUCUCUUGUGAUGACAUCACAUUUAAUCAACUCUAUCAAUUUGUGGCAGGUUGGACCCUGCUGGGCUCUGACCUUAUCCUUAUUAUUCUCUCCUACUCUUUCAUCCUGAAUGCUGUGCUCAAGAUCAAGGCUGAGGGAGCUAUGGCCAAGGCCCUGAGCACCUGUGGUUCCCACUUUAUCCUCAUCCUCUUCUUCAGCACAGUCCUCCUGGUUCUGGUCAUCACUAACCUGGCCAGAAAGAGAAUUCCCCUAGAUAUCCCCAUCCUGCUCAAUAUCCUGCACCACCUCAUACCCCCAGCUCUGAACCCCGUUGUUUAUGGUGUGCGAACCAAAGAGAUAAAGCAAGGAAUCCAGAAGCUGCUGAGGAAGUUGUAA